AUGUACUUCUUCCCCCUCAUUGACCAGUAUCUCUACGACUGCAAAUCCGUCCGUCAACCGGUACCGUCAACUAGCAGGAAACAAUCGGCCAACCGCAGCCUCUACAUACACAAUUCCUCCGCUCAGGUCCAUCUCGCCCUACCAGAGCCGCCAUAUCUUCAAAAACUGCCCGUUGCUAUCAUCAUGCCCACGACCAGAGCCGCACGUCGACUGAUGAAGUCAAUCGCCGAGACGGGCUCUGAUCUGCAAGAGGCCGUCACCAAGCUGCAGCAGACGUGUAUGAAAGCGGCGAGGACGCAGAAGCAAAUAAUGGCAGCCUUCGAAGAAGACCGGGUCCGGAUUGCGGAAUUUGGGGGGGGGGAGAAGAAGGCACUGCGGGCCAAGAUUGCGAGGCUGCGCCGGGAGAUCAGACACCUGCGCGGUAUGAUCACGAGUGACGAGGAUUAUAUAGGCUCGCUCUGA